AUGAGCUCUUCUCAUUCUUCACUGCUUUUAGUGACAUUUAUUGUCUGUGCUGUUUUGAUUUCACAAUCAGCCGCGGUUCCCUUUAAUUAUUUGAAGCUGGUUUUGCAAUGGGGUCCUACCGUGUGUGAAGUGUAUGAGGAAGAUGGUCGUGUGUGUAAGAUUUCUCCUAUCGUGGACAAACUUACAAUUCACGGCAUUUGGCCUUCCACACUUCAGGAACCACAGCCUAGGGACUGCACCACCACAAAUCCAGACGGGAUGCAUUUGAGAGAAUACGAGUUUUCUUCCGCACUUCUUACCAGAAUGGACAAAUUUUGGCCAAGCUAUUAUUUUCAAGACUUUCGACAAUUUUGGAGACAACAAUGGAAUGCUCACGGACGGUGCUCAUAUCCCUCUAUUCAACAAAAGGAUUACGUUAAGUUGGCCAUCAAUUUGGCCGAGGCGUUAGAUAUUUUAGAAGCCCUCAAGAAAGCUGGUAUUGUUCCUCGGUCUAAUCGAGAAGACACCAAAUAUUGGAGUAGAGAGCUGUUAAUAGACGCGGUAAAAAUUUAUGGAUUUCGCAAAGGUAUAAGGAUGUAA